ACAAUUGUUUUCCAUAUCUUUUUUUAGAGCUACUUCGGCUUCACGAAUGGCUCGACACGAGGGGAGCAGCGGAGCGGUUUCGAUGAGCACGGUGGCUGUUGCAAUGGCGUUGUUGCUGCUGCUUGGCUUCGAACAUGGCGAUGCUGCUACAACUUUUGUUGUUGGCGACUCGAACGGAUGGAACUUGGGCACGGAAGGAUGGCCUAAUGGGAAGGUGUUUAGAGCCGGUGACAUAUUAAGAUUCAACUAUAACCCAACAGUUCACAACGUGGUGGCAGUGGACGAGGGGGGUUAUAGAAGCUGCAUAGCUCCAAGAGGCGCCAAAGUGUUCAAUUCAGGCAAGGAU